CACCCAAAGUCGAAGGAUAGCGCUGGCCUUUCAAUUGAAGAAAGUGCUAGAUUUGUCAGUGUUGUAUAAUAUAACCAAUUCUCAGUGUCCAUAUUUGUUUUGGAACGAUCGGAAUUGUCUUCGUUUAAUGUGAGAGACAGAACUGGCGUCAAACAUGCGUAAAAAUCAACGUUGUCCAAGCAGGGAACCACCGAGAAAGGAAUUAUCGCCGCUCUUCUGAGGCCAAUCUCGAUUAUUUUUGUCAAAUAAGGAAACAUAACAUAGCUAGCUAGCUAACGUUAGCGCCGUAGAUAGCUAGGUUACCGACAUAUCUUCACACAAAAGCAGAAUCCAGCAGAAAACCAAGAUUGGAUCUACGUUCGCAGCAGCAGGAAAACCUGUAGGCAGCGAUGGGUGCAUUCCUGGACAAGCCGAAGACGGAGAAGCAUAGUGCGCAUGGUGACGGUAAUGGACUGCGCUAUGGCCUGAGUUCCAUGCAAGGCUGGCGGGUGGAAAUGGAGGACGCUCACACGGCUGUGGUGGGCCUCCCCCAUGGACUCGCCGACUGGUCCUUCUUUGCUGUCUACGACGGCCACGCAGGCUCCCGGGUGGCCAACUACUGCUCCGGCCACUUGCUGGAACACAUCUUGUCAGGAGGGGCCGACUUCAGUUCAGGACCCUGCUCCGUGGAAGGCGUGAAAGAUGGAAUCCGCUCGGGCUUCCUGAACAUUGACGAGUACAUGCGCAGCUUCUCUGACCUGCGGCAGGGCCUUGACCGCAGUGGAUCAACAGCUGUGUGCGUGUUGCUCAGCCCGACCCACCUCUACUUCAUUAACUGCGGUGACUCGCGGGCCGUGCUGAGUCGAGACACCAAGGUGGGCUUCUCCACCCAGGACCACAAGCCCUGCAACCCCCGUGAAAAGGAGCGCAUCCAGAACGCUGGCGGCUCAGUCAUGAUCCAGAGGGUAAACGGCUCCCUGGCUGUGUCCCGGGCCCUGGGGGACUACGACUACAAAUGUGUGGAUGGUAAGGGCCCCACGGAGCAGCUGGUGAGCCCCGAGCCCGAGGUGUGUGUGUUGGAGCGGGCGGGCGAAGACGAGUUUGUGGUGCUGGCGUGCGAUGGAAUCUGGGAUGUCAUGUCCAACGAGGAGCUGUGUGAGUUUGUCCGCUCACGACUCCUGGUGUGUGAUGACCUGGAGAAAGUCUGUAACUCAGUGGUGGACACCUGUCUGCACAAGGGGAGCAGGGACAACAUGAGUGUGGUGCUGGUCUGUUUACCUGGAGCUCCCAAGGUCUCAGAGGAGGCUGUGAAGAAAGAAGAGGAAUUGGAUAAAUACCUGGAGACCCGUGUUGAGGAGCUGCUGGGAAACUUCGGGGAGGCUGGAGUCCCUGACCUGGUGUCUGUCCUGAGGAGCAUUGCCACAGAGAACAUCCCCAACCUUCCACCUGGAGGAGGCCUGGCCAGCAAACGGAGUGUGAUCGAGGCGGUGUACAACAGGCUGAACCCUCACAGAGAAGAGGAAGGGGCCUGUGCAGGGGGAGAGGAGGAGAGUGAGGAGGGAGGUGGCAGCGCGGCGGCUCAUCUGCUGGAGGCUCUGCGGCAGUUCCGCCUGCACCACCGGGGGCAGUACCGCACGGUGCUGGAGGAGUCCCUGGUUGCCUACCACCUGCGGGGGGAGAGCGCUGCCAAGGGAGCUGGGGAGGGCAGGAGGACCUACGAUGAUGACAACUACGGCCAGGAGCGGCCCGCCUCCCCUCCCUCUCCCCCCUCGCCCCCGCCCUCACCCGCCACUGCAGAGCCGGAGGCCAGCCAAGAUGCGCCCGCCCCUGAGUCCGAUCCCUCCUCUGACUGAGCACCCCGCCCGCAUAACCAACCCAUCCACCCGACCCCAGAGCUCUAGACAGACAUGCUAUGACCUCUCCUCCUCUUUCCUUCAUCACAGAACUUGAAUGGACACAUCGGCCACUUCCUAUCAAUAGCCACUGCCAUUCAUGAAUGUUUUAAUAAUGCAAUGGAAAUAUAAAAUGACCCUUCUGUCUAUUCAAGUUCUGUCUCCGAGCCACAUAUAUACCUUCCACCUAAUGAGGACCUUUUUUGUGUGUGUGUGUUUCCCCUGUCCUCUGACCGCCUUGGCUUGGAAUCCCCGAACUUGCCCGCCACUUUUACAACUUAAUCACACAGACUGUUGUUUAUAAUCGAAAGUAAUCAAUAACAAAUUAUUAUAACGUGCAAAAGUGGCUGGUGAGGCAAAAAAUGAACCUUGCACUCCAUAGCCUACAUUUACCAGUAAUGGCUUCUGGCUGAUUUCCUACUUGAACCACCCUCCCUCUCCAGCCUCACCCCCCCACCCCCACCCCCCACCCCCCCCACCCCUCCUCCUUACAGUGGACGAACUGACAAAGAAAAGGAGAGGAGACCCUCAGAACCGCUGCUGUGUUCAGCACACUGCACUGUCUCCAGGCCAACUCCAUCUACAGACUCAAAACACACUGUUGUGUAUUUGUAUGUAUGUAUGUGUUUGUUUGUGUGUAUGCGUGUCUGCGUGGGUUUGAUUGUCUGACCAAGAGACCAACCAUCACUACUGAAAUUUGUGUUUUUGGUGGUGGGUGAUACUUGAGUGUUCGCCCAAUUAUCAGCAUGUUCAGUGUACCAGGUUGUUCCGGGUUUUGAAAAACUGGGCAGUUUAACACAGAGGGACACUUGUGUAGAUGGGUUGGUGGGUGUGUAUUUGUAGCCUGAGCUUCAUUUCAUUAAAAUCAUUCCCUCACUGCAUACACGUGAUUCCUCAUCUCCACAUGUGUUAGCGCGCUGCCCCAGUCACCCACAAAGAGGUUGAAGUCUGUUGCUGAUUUUUGUUAUUCAAGGUGAUGUUAGCGUGUCAGUAAACAUAGUGGUACCAGGUGACCAAGGGGCCAUCAUAUUAACAUUUCUAAUUUAGAAUGAAAUUAAGAAGACUCAUUACACUCCAGAAGAAAUGAUUGGAUCAAGGCUCAUAAACAGUCCAAAAUCAAAGGGUUUAUCCAGUGUGUGGGGUUUUUUUUCGUAGACAUGCAGUAUCUUACUCUACAUUGCACUACAAUGUGUGACAGGGCUCAACUUUUAUCCAUCAGUGUUAGCAGCUCAAAUCAAACGACUGUUCACAGUUAGACUGUCUCAUCUGCUGCAUGGUAGACCGUCCUGGGUGGUGCCAUAGAAAAGCUCAGGGAACUGGCUGUGCGCUGCACUUUAAGGGGGGGUGAUGAACCAGAUCUACAUGUGCCAAAACAAGCAGUUAGUCGUCACCCUUGAAAUCUUUUCUCUUGUAAAACCAAAAGAGUGUCAGAUGAAGCAUAAAUCUCACCUUUGUGUCACUUCUUGGAGUUUGUUUAUGGGUGUGAAAUGGGCUCAUUGUUGCCCCUUCUGGUUGAUGCGGGAAAAACACCCACUACACCUGCAGUUCUCUACAACCGUACCAGUACCAGUGGGUGUUUUCUGGCCUCAGGGGGGCACUAAUGAGAACAUUAUGGCUUAGCGCCCCACAGGUGAGGUGAAGAGGACGCUGUGCUAGAAAAUUUACUUGGACAAAUUUGCUUUUAUCUGUUUAAACAGUAUAUUUUGGUGUUACAAGAGAAAAGGGACUGGUUGGUUUAGCAAAUCUGGUUAACUGCUCCAUCUUUGAAGGGCAGCUGCUUCCUGGAGCUUUUCCUUCAUGCGUGUUAACAACUACUGGAUUUUAAAUGCAUGAUAACACUGGAUGCUUUGAGCUGAAUACUAAAGUAAUCAUUGUUAACAUGCUAUCAUUAGCAUUCAUCUCAAAACGCCACUGAACUUAAGUGCAGCUAUUGGAUAAAGUACAUCCUACACGGACAAAAAUUGAGUUAAGCCAGACUGUGUAGAUUAGAUCAGCCAUCUUGCUUUAGGUAAUAAUACAACCUUUCUUUUGGCAACGCCCUCAGGCUAACACAUUCAUGCCAGUUAGCAUGCUAGCACACGAGUUAACAUCUAACAUUUUAGCAUUUGGUUUGUUUGUAUGCACAGUCCAUAUGAAGUCUUUAUCAGUUUGCUAACAAUAGCAUUUAUCAUGUUAACAUGCUAGCAUGCUACGCUGCCUUCAUGUCUAAGAUAGCUGUGGCUGGCAGGUUUGCUGCCAUUAGCUUGGUUUGUAUUCUGUCAUGAACUGAAGAGAAAAGCAGUGGAAAAGUUGAUCUGAUGGUGGCGCUAAAUGGAGGUCAUGUCUUACUUUGGAAUAUCAAGCCAUCCAGUAGUUGCCCAAGUAUUUAGCUGUUAAAUAUGCUGUUAACUGUUGCAGGAUGUGUUGCAGCUUGAUAAAAGCCCACAUACAGGAAAUUUCAUUCCUCAGGGGUUCUGACUGUUGAAAACAACUCAUCUGAAACUCUCACCUUAUUGUGAAAGUUCAGUUCGAACACACUGAACCAACAGUCUUUGCUCUUCUUCUUUGAAAGCAGGUAGAGGGAGGUUAUUGUACGUCUGUUAUGCCCAGUACCCAGCAACUCUGGUACUGCAUGCACUGCACUUAUCUUUUCAACAUAAGGCACUUAACUAUCAGAGGGGGAGGCUAUGCUAAACACUGUGUGUAUGUAUGUGUGUUUGUGUGUGUAUGAGUUGUAUUUGUAUGCGAUUACGUUGGGCCAAAUCAAUCCACGCAGUUAAUGACGAAUGAACAAAUAAAAAUGAUUUGAGGUAUAAUGCUAUGAUUUGUGUCAAGUGUGUGAAUAUUUCUCACUGUAACCUGACUUUAAGGUGUGUUUCUUAUCUUUUUGUCCUGACCUGAAGCAGAAAAAGUCAUAUUUUUCUGUUCAAAAUCAGUUGUAUAUCAGGACAAAUCAUUAAAACCCCUGACACAGGGCCGUUCCUUAUACUCCUUAAUGUGCUGAAUGUUUCUGUGUAGGCUGUGAAGUUUUUUGGGAACAGCUCAAGCAGAUCAAUCCUCACCUUCCUCGUCCUCCUCUAACCUUAACUCCGCUUUCAUCUCAUCUCUGUCAUGUCAGCUGCUUAAAGGUGCAAUAUCUAAGAAUUUUACUGAAUUAAUGAAAAUUAUUAACAGAAUGUGAAGAAAUAACAGUUUCGAUGUUAACCAACCUGCUAUGUAUCGUGUUGAUAUCUCCUGAAGUUAGCAUGCUAACCAGCUAGCCAUGGCCCGUCCCAUCUCCGGUAUAGGUCAGGCCUCCCCCUAACAAAUAAACUGACAAAAUUAUUCUCACACCUAUUUUCCUUAUUAAAUAGUUAAUUCAGCACAUUUUAAAUUCAAGUUUCUCUCUUUUACCACCAAGUUAAGAGAUUGUAAAACAUGAAAUCAAACUCGAAACUUUCUUGGUUUGUCUUCCCACUGUUACUACAAUCACCAGCUGUGGUUUUUCUAAGCACACCCUUAAAGCCUCGAGUUAGAUGUGGAAAUAUUCUGCCUCUGCAGCAGUUAGCGGUUGGUCAGGUGAAACGUUGCCAACCAUGUGUUUGGAGUGACCUUCGACAGGUGGCCAAUUCUUACACCUUGCACCUUUAAAGACAUUUCAAUCUGUCGUCUCCUUUAAAACAAUGGCAGCUCUCGGGUUUGAAAGCUAAAAAUAAACGCCCGCCGCUGCGUUGCAUGAGCUGGCGGCGACGGGUGGAGGGAGCUGUGUGGUCUAUAGGGACUCCAUUCUCUCCAUUUCUCCCCCUGCUUUUCAGUCUGACAGUUGGCCUCGUGAUUCUCCGCAAGGUGAGUCAUCAGAGGUCUGGGUUCUGGUUAUGUUAACCUACCGGCUGGGCAGGGGGGGGUCUCGCCGUCUUUCAUCAUUAUCCAUUCAGACUGAGUAGAUAAAAGAGGGCAGCCAGGUGCAAAAAUUUGACAUUAUUGAAGGCAUCAGGAGCAGUGUUUUAACUGAAAGACGCAGCAACAAAAAGCUAACACACACUUCUCUCCAUCUCUUUUCCU